CUUCCUUCCUGCCAUCCAAUUCACCGACCGACGACAGCCUCGCCUGCGCCAUUCGUUCUUCCUUGUCCUCGUUGAAGCUUCUCGCCACGCGUGCGGCGCGUCGUUCGCUGCCGUCGCAUCCAGCUGCCGCUGCGCUCUGCAUCCGCAUGGCGCCCUUAUGAUGAUUUGCCCACCUCCAACGCCAGCUUGAGUCGACCCCGUCUCGCGUGCUAUAUCACAGCAGCGUGGCCUGGUCUGUCGCGACCCUCGUGCGCCGCCAUGGAGAGGAAGAGGAAGCUGCCGCCGCGGGCCGCCGCCCGGCUCGAGCAGGCGGCCAAGAGGCGGCAGACGACCCCUCGCGAACCGUCCUCGACGCCUGCGCCCCCGGAGCCCGUUCGAGAGCCGACGCCGCCGCCUCCUCCUCCCCCGCCUCUACCCACGUUCAUUCAAGUUGGCCAGCCGCUGCCCACUGUCGAUGACCCGCAGCCGCUGGACCUGUCGGCCAAAGAUUUUCAGUCUCUUUCAGAGAGCGGCGUCCUCACCGAGUCCUUAUCUCGCUCGCGACACAAAUGGAUCAACGAAGGCCUAUUCGAAAAAUACUGGACCAAACCCUACAAGCGGAAAGGCGUGGUGCACCAGGAUCCCAACAACCCACCCAAAGACAGCAUGACCAAGGUCGGUAUCGUUACGAUUACCAUUGAGCCUCAUAUUGUCGAAGCCACCAUGUUCGCCGUCAAGGCGCCGAAGCUACCACCGCAGGACCAGUCCCCGUCCUCGGCGCAGAAGCAAUCCCCGUCGCCGGCAACGGCGUCGAAACCACAGAAACAAAAGCAGCCAAAGCAGCCACAACUAGCACGGCCGGUCCUGCAGUAUGGUCCUCCCAAUGGGUCGAUGCCCCCUCCGCCGACGCCGCAAACUCCGGCGGCAGUCUCGCCAGCGGUGGCCUCGCCAGUGUCCGUCCCUUUGUCCGCGCCCGCGCCCGCGCCUCCCAAGCCUAUUGCUUCCCCUAGCCCGGCACCGCAACGCGCUCUGCAAUCGCCGUCACCGACUCCGCAGGGUCGAUCCCCUGCUCAAGCUGCCGCUCCGAGGCCCAUUUCGGUCCAGCCUGGCGCUCAACGACCUGUUCUCUCGCCGAGUCCAGGCGCUCCGCCUCGGCCGUCGCCCGCACCCGCGCCAUUGCCGCCGACAGCGAUUUCGCACAAUCCCGGCACACGACCACCAUCGAACCCGGCGCCAAGACAGGCAGUGGCCCCUCCGCCCGCCGCUCAUCAGCCGUUGCAACCUGGCAAUCGUCCUCCUGGGACACUUGCGCCUGCCGCCCCGCCCGCGGGCGUCGUUGGCGCGAAACCGGCCCCGGUCAAACCGGCCGCCAAUGAUCCGGUCAUUGCCCUCCUCGCCCAAAAAGCGUCAGUGGACCCGGAACUUCGCGACCUUAUGAAGCGGGUUGCCGCUGGACAGGCCAAGGAGGGAGAAUUGGCCAAGUUUCAAAAGAUCAUUGAUCAGCUGAAUGCAGAAUACAAGUCCAAGGGCGGGCAGCAAGGGCCGUCCGCGGACAGGCUGCUCGUCGAUGGACGUACUGUCAAGUAUUUUGCGGAUGAGGUCCGUACCAUCCUGGACAUUGUGCUCGCCUCGAAUCCAAAUCAGAAAUCCAGCGAAUUGCGACCACCGCCACGGAGCGACGCUCUAGUCGUCCUACUCGUCAAGACAGCCCUGGAAGACCAAAGGACCAAGGACAUGAUUCGCCGCAUUGCCGAAGGCCGCCCUGGUUUCACCGAUGCGCAAGAUCUCAAAGAGAUCCUAGAUCGACUACAUCGCGACGCAAAGACGGUUCCCAAAGCACCUCCGCCGACCCCUCCCCCGUCCAAACAGCCGACACCAAACGGGGUGCACAACGGCCAUGGCAAGCCCGCGACGCCUUCUGCCGUACAGCAGGCCAACCCACAGGCUUUGCGCUCGAAAGGACCGCCGCCUGCUGCGAGGCCGGACAUAUCAGCCGUUGUUUUCGAUUUUGGUACCGGAGACCGGUAUCUUUUCCCCAAGUUUAGCAUAUUGGAGUUCCUGCCCUCUUCAUCCGGGCAGCAAGUCGUGGCUUCGUUCCUGAUUGUCCGCAAGGGCAGUAUUUCGGAUUAUGGCGGAGACCCGACUCUAGACUUCUAUCAACCCGUCACCAUGCGUAUUCAAACAAGCUCCGGCCGUCACUUGGAGAAUCUGGCGCGGGUGGUGGCGCCCCAGGAUGAGGUACGGCGCUACAUGGAUGAUGUCAUGGACAACAUGACGCGCGCAGAGUAUGUACUGUUGGCCAUGCGUCUGCCGCGAGCCGAGCCGGACGAUGAUGAGGACGGACUCGCAGUUGUUGAGGAGCCCAGAACUGGCGUGUCGACGCCAAAAUCAGAGACAGAGUCGGAGCCAGCGCGGCCAGCAAGAUUGGGAGUGCUUUGGACCACAAACACGAACAAGCCGCCGGACUCGAGCGGCACCAUCAAAUUCAGAGAUCCCGAGCAAGAGGCCCAGUCAAAGUAUGAGCGGUUGAUUCGGUCUGUCGCCGCCAAGGAGACGGAGCCCAUGUGAAAAUUAACGUGCGAGCGGGUAUGGCGCAUCGUGGUGCAGCGGAUACAUAACCCUGAGCUUAGGAGUGUGCUUUUUAUUGUGUUUCAAUUGGGGCCUUAGGGGCUGACGAAGGUGUUGGAUUUUGGGGUACUGGGCGCCUGGGAGUCCCGUGAUGUCUGGGACGGAGACGGACAAUCGAUUGUACAGUGACAUAUCAAUCGUGCAACUGGCAUAAUGAAGAAAGGGGUACGGCUGCCAUUACAAAAGCGCCAUGGUUUGCCUUGAUCGCAGCUGAUGGUCGAAUUUGCGUCGCCCGGCUCAAACUUAUUGAAGCAGUAGCGUAGCCGAGCGGACGCCACCGGGAGUUUAAGAAACGCCAAAAUCUUGUCCGCGUUAUAGGCCUCGUCUUACCAGAAUCAAAGACAUACGAUGCGCG